AUGCCUGCCAAAGAUACUCAAUUCUGGGAUGCUUUAAUGGAAAAUAAAGUGGCUAAGAAGCUAAUUAAAAAACACAAAAAUAAGGUCAAAUGUGAGAAUACAGAAGAAUUGGCUUCGAGAUAUGAAGUUUCGACUGCUGAAGUUGAAAAGGUUCGUUUGAAAUUUGAACAUCAAAAAAAGUUUAGCUACCCCAAGUUUAAACAUAAUCUUCAAUACGUUUAGGGGAAUUCCGAAAAAUAUUUUGUAAACUUAUAUUUUCAGAUUUCUUGAUUCAUUACUAAUAGUUUACCUACUUUUGUGCCACGUGGAUUUUCUGACUGAUAAUUCAACUUAGCAUAACGCAGCUGAAUUUUGAGCUAGAACUUUCAAAUUUCCGGAUUUUUCAAUUUUUUAGACUAUGACGUUGCUGAUCUUUGUUUUAGAAUAAACUAAGAAGGAUUUUUGUGUUUUCUGACUAUUCUGAAGAAAAAUAUAAUUUUGAAGGAACAAUUUUGAGCUCUAGGAAAUGUAAUUAAAUGAUACAAAAACUGCGAUUCUGGAAAUCAUUUUGGAGCUCACUUCAAAAAAUGUUAAAUUUUGAAGACCUUUCAUUUCAGGUGUUCACAAUUUUCCAAUUAAUGGAUGAUGAUCAAUCUGGCACCAUUUCCUCAACCGAAGUCGCAAAAAUGUUAAAUGAAUUGGGAAUUGAUGUUUCACCAAAAGUUGUUCAAGCAGUUAUGAGAAGUUCGGAUGUUAGUGGAGAUGGACAAAUUGAUUUUGAAGAAUUUUUGGCUGCUGUUACUUCCAAAAUUAAGGUACUAAGUUAGGAUAAUUUGAAAGACUUGGUCUUAUUCCUAAUUUUUUGAGUUAGGCGGUCAAGUUCAAAAUUCCAAACCUGAACAUUUUUCAGCUCAACAACUGUAAAGCUGAUGUUCGUGUGAUGCUCUCAAAAUUGGACCCUGAGAAAUAUGUGAGCUUUUUUUCUCUACUAUUUAUUAGAAACCAACAAAAAUCAAAAUGUUUUCAGCUUUCGGCCGAAGAAUUGGUUGUUGCUUGGAGCGAAACUGUUUCAACACAUAUUACUGUAAAAGAAGCCUGCGCACUUAUUCAACAGGUUUGUUAGGCUAAGCCUUUUUUAACUUCCCUAAAAAAUCCCUAAUUCUCCAGGCUGACACUCAAGGACGUGGAAAAGCUACAAUCCAUGAAUUCAUCACAAUGUGCCAAACUGUUUGA